AUGCGUUUCACCACCAUCCUCCUUGUCGGUCUUGCCUCCGUGGCCACUUCUUUCGCUCGCCCAGGGCUCCAAUCCUCCCAGGCCGCCUGCGGGAGCACCAACGGCAACUGCUACGAGAACGACUGCCAUGGAGAGCUGAGUGUUGACAGAAUCACUUGCUUCUCUGGCCCUUACCGUGACUGUCCAUGUGGAUACAACUGCGGUGCCGUUAGCGGAAAAUGCAAUGAGAAUGGAUGCGAGGGCCAUGAUGGCCGCUGCACUCGCAGCUACCUCGGCUGCACUUGCAUCCCCUAG